AUGCCCGCACUCCGCGCCCGUCCCCUACUGGCCUGGGCCCUAACCGGCGAUGCCGCAAACACAGAACCCAUCUCCGCCCUCGCCAGCCCAGCCACAGUACGCGGCUACGCACGCUACACCGUCCGGUCAAGGGACUAUCCUGCCGUUAUAAAGAAAGAUGGGCAUGAAGUAGAUGGGGACUUGCUGAUCUUGGAGACCAAGUCCCUGCGCAAGAAGCUCGAUGACUUUGAAGGGGAAGUAUACACUCCUACUAGUGUUGAUGUUGUACUGGAGGAUGGGAAUAUUGUAGAGGCGGAUAUGUAUGUCUGGGCUAGGGAUGAAGAUGCGCUGACUGAUGAGCCCUGGGAGUUGGAUACUUUCGUGAAGGAGAGGUUGGAGGAUUGGCUUGAUCUUUUUGAGGGCAUAGAGAUGAUUGGGGGUGAUGAGGACUGA